AUGGCGUCCGCGCGUCUUCCUCCCUCUGAGGACAGCGUGUACUAUGCUCAGCAGCCGCUUCCCGGCCCACCGCGGAGGCCUGGAGGCGUCCCUCGAGGCAGAGGCGCAGGCUACCCCCCAAAUCCUCGCCCGUACGGCGCUCCUCCCAUGCACAACCACCAUCCGCAGCAGCAGCAGCAGCCUCGCCGCCCGAUUGCGGCCUCUCACGCCAACCUCGACGACUUCCAGAACAUCGCGCCGCCCACGCGGUUCGCACAUCUGCGACCUCAUCGCGGCGCCGCUGCGGCGGGAAUGCGUGCAUACGAUGUCGACUACGACGAUGACGACGAGCGCGGCGGCAAGGGCGGCGGCGGCGACGACGUGCCUAUUGACGACUAUUCAUCUAUGAUCAGCGACGAUCUCGGCGCAUACGACUCUCGUUUUCCUGGCGGCGGCGGCGGCGGUCUCGCGCACAUGAAGCAGCAGCAGCAACAACAACAACAAUAUAACCAGUACCCUCCCCGACGCGGCGGAUACCGGCCUCCCCCUAUGCAGCAGCGGUACCCCCAAUCUUCAUCCAGAGCUGGUUACAGACCUUACGAGGACUACGAUGCGGUCAAUCCGGGCAUGCAGCGGUUACAGCUCGACACGACGCGUGCUUCGACAAUGACCUCGGGAAGAGGCAGUGCUCCGCUCCGAGGCGGUCCUUCGCCGCGACAUGCCUACUACGACGGCGGAGAGGACGACGGGUACUAUCCGAUGUCACCGAACUCGCCCCAGAUGAUGUCGCCGGGCCAGUUUGACAACUCGCGUCCGGGAUACAUGUCUAUGCCGGUAGCACCGCCCCACGGCCGCGGUCGGGGUCUGCCUAGAAGCGCGUCGGGCCCGAUUCCACAGCAGAGGAUGCGUAUGCCGCAAGAUAUGAUGCCGCCGCAGGGAUAUCAUCCGCGACCACCUUUACCUCCUCAGCAGCAGCAGCAGCAGUACGACUACGGCGAGAGUCCAGUCCCGUCUCCGUCUUCGUCUUCGUCUUCGGGGCCUGCGUAUCCCCCGUAUCUCCCACCGCCAGGUGCAGCCGCUCCGAGAGCACAGCCUUCGAAUCAGCUGCCUCCCCAGCAGCAACCCCAGAGUCCGCCGAUUGCGGAUAACGACAGUGCAGAGGACGAGCUUCCCGAGACGAUGGACAUUGCAUCGCCGGGCACGCGACCACAGAUGCGUCUGCCGUCGUCGUCGCCUUCGUCGCCGGCGUUGGCGGAUGAGGACGUGGUGCAGCCGCGAGAGGAGAGGUUUGAGCCAGAGCCGGUGAGUGAGCCGAUGGUGGCGCAGAAAUCUAACGGGUCGAAUGGGGAUACCGGGGAUGUUCUCGAUUUCUACAUGGACUCGCCGAAUCCGAACGGAGAAGAGAUUCAGACGUACGAUGAUCAGCAGCAGCAACAACAACAACAACAACAACAACAACAGCAACAGCAGCAGCAGGAUCCAAGCCGUGGCGCUUACGAACCUGAAGAUCAGGUUCCAGAGCACGUUGUGUCGGACUCUAGUGGUAGUUCAUCUGAAUCAUCCGAGCCACGGACAGCGUCGCCGCAUCCGGGAUCGAAGCAGAUUGCAAGAGCACCGGUGUCGAGAAUGCCGAUUCCACCGUCGAACUUGAACCAGCAGCUGGACGGGAAGGCGCAGUACGAUGGUCAGACGAUUCCGUAUGCGCCGCCUCCUCAGCAGCACCGGGCACCUCCUCUUCAGCAUCAGCAGUCGUUCGAUCAGGCUCCUCUUCCUCCUCAGCCACAACAGCAACAGCAACGCCGGGCUGGACCACCACCACAAGGCCCAUAUCAGCAAGGAGGCCCAUAUCAGCAGCCGCCGCCGCCUUUGCAGACCAAGCACUCGAUGUCGUCGCAGGACGACGGGUACUACGAUCAGCAGCCGCAGCAGCCGCAGCAGCAGCAGCCGAUGCGACGGCCGAUGCCGCCUCAGGGAUUCGCAGGCGGUCCACCGGGUGGGCGAUCAGCAUCUCCGGGACCGGCAGCGUAUCGACCAGGUCUUGGACCAGGUCCAGGUCCUGUACAGCAGCAGCAGGGACAACCGCCGCAGCAGGGACGGCCUGUUGUACGAGGUCCGGGUCCACAGCCAGGCGGAGCCGUCGGAGCAGGUGGAUACAGGGGCAUGCAGACUCAGGCGCCGCGGCCGAUCCGACGAGGGUAUGAGCAAGAGAACGAGGUGCCGAUGCGAGGACCGGGGAUGUACGAGCAGGAUCAGCAAGCGCGGAUGUCGCCGAAGCCGAUGGCGAAUUCUCAGUUUAUGAGACAGCAGGAUGAUCAGCCGGUGCAGGUGCCGCCUAUGUCUGCGGUGCAGAAUGGACAGCCCCAGUCGCGACAGCUACAGCAGCAACAGCAACAGCAACAGCAACGACAAUUACAGCAGCAGCAGCAGCAGCAGCAGAAGCCAAAGAAAGAGAGCGCGAAGCCAGUUGCGCCGGUUCGACAGUACAGCCCCGAGUCAGCGAUGGCGAAUGCGCAGGCGGUGCUGCCGCCGGAGCCGUCGACGAAGCCGAAGGCGGUUACAGCGGCCGCGCUUGAGGCGGCGAAGAACAAGGCAGCGAACGCGGGGAAGAAUGAUCCGGGAGCGGCGUAUGAGUACGCGAAGAUUCUGCUUGAGGCGGCGGGGAACUCGUCGCUGGCGUCGAAUGGAGGCAAGCUUGACGACAAGAAGAUGCGGAAGAACGCGGAGAAGUGGAUCUCGACGGCGCAGAAGAGCAUCAAGAAGCUGGCGUCGCAGUCAAAGCCGUAUCCGGAGGCGGUGUAUUAUAUGGGUACGUGUUAUGGCAGCGGGGGCACGCGGAUGGGGCUUGAGAUGAAUCGCGAGAAGGAGUACGAGUUCUACCGGAAGGCGAGCAAGCUUGGGCACGGACGGGCUAGUUUCCGAGCGGCGAUGUGCCAUGAGGUCGGCAGCGGGGUGAAGAAAGACGAGGCCAAGGCAUGGGCGUACUACAAGCUUGCAGCGCAGCAGGGGGAUACGGCGGCGAUGUACAAGAUUGGAAUGGUUUUGCUAAAGGGCGGGCUUGGACAGGCGCAGAGCACGAGCGAGUCGCUGAUCUGGCUGAAGCGAGCGGCGGACCAGGCUGAUGCGGAGAACCCGCAGGCGCUGUUUGAGCUAGCGCGGCUGCACGAGACUGCGGACGGGUCGAAUGGGUUUUUGGCGCGGGACGAGAAGCUUGCGCUGACGUUGUACAGCAAGGCGGCGGCGUUGGGCCAUCUUCCGGCGCAGUACAAGAUGGGAGCCGCGCACGAGUACGGCACGCUUGGGGCGGAGGUUGACGCGCGGCGAAGCGUGGGGUGGUAUUCGCGGGCGGCGCAGAAGGGCGACGCGGAGGCGGAGCUGGGCCUGUCGGGAUGGUAUCUUACGGGGGCUGAGGGGGUGCUGCCGAAGAGCGAGACGGAGAGUUAUCUGUGGGCGCGACGAGCGAGUGAGAAGGGACUUGCGAAGGCGCAGUAUGCGGUAGGGUACUUUUCGGAGAACGGGAUUGGUACGCCUGCGAACAUGACCGAGGCGGUGAAGUGGUAUAGAAAGGCAGCAGCCCAAAAAUACGGAAAGGCGAUGAGCCGACUACGCGACUUGAACGCGUCGUAG